AUGACCACCCGCGAGACCCAGCGACAACACUUCCUGAACGCGAAUGUCUUCACCAUCAGAUUCUACCGGCGUCUGCCCCGCCCCAACCGCUUCGGAUUCCUGAUCAACCACGGCGUGUGGGUGCUACGCAAAACCUUGGAGCAUGCCCACUUUGGGAAAUUCUAUCAUCUGCUUAUCGGGAACACCAUUCAGGACUGUGACGAGGACGAUGAGGACUUUUACAACAUGAAGCGCGACGAGGCGCUCAAGAUUAUCGACGUCAGGGCACUUAAUGGUUUCGUGCUGCCGGAGAUCUAUGAGAAGCAGGGCUCCCUGGGACGGGAGAUCCGGGCGUACGAUAAGUGGCAGGGAUCGGAGGGCUGGUCGAAGGAGCGCUGGGCAUUCUGGAAAGAGAGGUUUACCUGGAUAUCUACAGUUACGGCCCCGAAUCGGAAGACGAGACGUAUUGCGAAGAACGUGGUCGAACUGAUGGGCAGGAUUGAGCAGGGAGACGAUGGGGUACUGUGA